AUGCAUCCGCUUUUUUGCCAAGAAGAUAUCCUCGCUCAAAUUUUCGGGAAGCUCGUAGAUGAACUAGACGACAUCAUCGAUGAGGACGAGGAUGAGAAGAAAAGAGAUCUUCGUACUGCCAUGCUCAACGCCGCCCUGACGUCUCGGAGAAUGCAAGAACUAGCUCUGGACGCCCUUUGGAGGAUCUUGGAUUCCCUGUACCCACUGUUCCGACUCACAAAAUCAUUCAAUUCCCUUGGCAGGGAUCUCAGUAGCUUGACCGGAGUGGUCACGCAAGACGAGGUGAUGCGCAUCAGAGCGUACGCUUGUCGUGUCCGCAAGCUUUGUUACGACGGAGCAGACUAUACCCCAAUACACCCCACAGCCUACCUGAGGCUCUCUCGAAUUAUGGGCUCGCCACUUCUACCCUUACUCCGAGAGUUAAAGUGGUUCUCCAAGGACCUGGGUAUACAGCUUUCAUCCCUCGUGACUUCCACCCUAGUUGACGUCGACCUAAGUCUGUCGCAUACUGAACGCGAUGAAGAAGAGAUUGAAAAGUUCAGAUUGGAACAUUCCGUUUCACAGCGUGAAGCAGUGCAGAUUGUCUUGCAGGAUUUGGCUGAUGUUGUCCCGAAUCUGCAAGGUCUGACGCUGCGAGAGGUCCUCCCGGGAACAUCGUUCAAGGCCGUGCAUAAUUUCAAGCGGCUGAGGGAACUAUUCAUCGCAACCGAAUGUCACUGGAAUCCAUACAGACUUACAGCCUCCGUAUCUUACGACGACCUCUCUGCAUUUUCCCAGAUGGAUUCCCUGAGGCGACUCGUCGUGAAUGUGGAUGAUAUCCGUCUGUCGUAUGAUGCGACUCCUCUCACUUUCAGGGCUCUUCGAGAAUUCAAGCUGACUGGCCCCCCGUCUAAGGUCGCCGAGGUGCUUCGCCUGGUGCAGUCUGCGGCUGGUUUGCGACAGGUCGCUCUUUUCUUGGGCACCGAAGCUAGACUGAAACUGGACUAUUACCAUUCUCUCUAUCGUUACCUAAGCCUCUCUACCUUGACGCACAUGUACCUGGAACUGCCGACAGGGCUGCAGCGUCGCAACGUCGAUGCCGGCAUAACGCUAGACGUCAGUACUCUCAUACCUCCCCUUUUAGAGUGCAGGAGGUUGGAACACUUCCACAUGGAACUCACGAAGUUCGCCGAACAACCAGUGCUCAUGGACGACGAUAAUUUGAUUCAGAUCGCCCAGGCGUGGCCCCGUCUGAAAUGGUUCUGCUGGAAUUUCGCGCUGGAUAGGGAACGUAGGCCUUCUAUCCGCGGCUUACAGGCAUUCACUGUGCAUUGCCCUAGACUACGAGUGCUCAUGAUUGCAUUCGACGGGAACGUGCCAUAUCCCGCUUCCGACGAGCCCCCACGGUCGGGCCACGGCCUACGAACGCUCGUCCCCUUCGGGCCGGAGUUGAACGACGUCGCCGACACUGCGCAGUGGCUCUACACGCUCUUCCCCAAUAUUGAGCACAUCACCAGUACUGAUCGCAAAUGGGGAGAAGUACUCAAAGUCGUGAAUGCUCUCCGGCGAGCCAGUUCUCGCGCAAGAGGCUGA